UACCCCCCUCUACGCGCACCGCAGAGCCGGUUGAUCACUUGAUCUGUUGUCCUGUACCAAACCACCACUACCACUGCUCUCCGGCUCCUCCGCCCCCCGCCCGCCCGUGGUCAGGUCAGAAAUUCUCGGCGCCUUGCCCCUUUGCCAGAGGAUGCCACUCAUUAAGGUCCACAAACGUGGGGCUAUAGGCCGCUCCAUUGACAUCGCUAGGUUCUCUGAAUACGGAGAAUUAUAUCAAGCUUUGGCCCACAUGUUUGGCAUCGAAGGGCAACUCGAAGAACGACAGACUAAAGGUUGGACGUGUCUCUACCAGGAUGAUGAGGGUGACUUCCUACUUCUCGGUGAUGGCCCAUGGGAGGAGUUUGUGAUCAGCAUCAAGUCCAUUCAGAUCAUGUCACCUCAAGAGGUUGACCAGAAGUUUCUGCAGAAGCUGGGUGGUGGUUUAGCAUCAAGGCUGUAGCUUACAAAAUCAAUGCAGUGAAGAAUAUAGUGUAUAUGUGUGAGCUUAUUGUUGUGAGGGCUAAAAUUCUCCUAAUACUAGCUUGAUCACGCGCGCUGCGACAUUUGCCGUGAGGAUUAUAGUUCUCCUAAAACUUGUUGGGAUUAUGUGUCCUGCAACUAUAUUCAAAUACUUAUUAUCAUUAAUAUUCGGAAUACCUCAUAUGGAAUUAUACAUGUGUUUUGUGCA